UUGAUUUAAUGUCCUCAGUCAAAAACUGGCCAUACUUGAUUAAAGCCAAUUUCUUUCUUUUAAACCGGUGUCAUCCAUCCAUUUUAGAAAAUGUCUCCCGUUCCUGAAAAAACUGAUCCCAUCCUUUCUCCGAAUAAUAAUAAUAACGAUGAUGAAAUCAUUUCGAAAGAAUUUCUCCAAAAGGCACUCGAACACGAGGCGAAAAACGGAGAUUCCGUCCCCACCAUUAUUUCGCAUUCCGUCACCCUUGGGACUAAACCAGGCGACAAUUUUAUGAGUAUAAUUUACUCGGUGGAUGUCGAAUUGUCGGAUGGAAAAAAGCGUCACCUGCUGAUAAAAUGUUAUCCAAAUCAUCCCGCAAGACAAGAAUUUGGCAACAAGAGCAACAUGUUUUUCAAAGAGUAUGAAGUCUACUCAAAAUGGAUACCAGAGUUGAAAAGAAUGCAAACCGAGGUCCUUGGUCUGAGGAAGAAUGAAAUCGUAAAACUGCCGUAUGCACAUUUUGUUGAUGGAGAUUGUAUAGAUUUUCAGUCGGAGGAAGGCAAAAGUCGAAUGUCGGGACAUAUCCAUUCCCUCGAUAACUUCAUUAUGAUGGAAGAUCUGCGCAAGACGUACGGAUUUCGAAUGACCAACCGUCGCGAGGCACUCGACCUUGACCACACAAAACUCGUCAUCUCUGCCCUGGCGAAAGUGCACGCCCUCAGUUGGGCGUAUCGUCAUCAUGUCGAAGAAAACAUUACGGAGAAAUUUCCAUGCUUGGUUACUAACAUGGAGGAGGACGAUAUGGAGACUUGGAAUGCUGUAUUAUUCUCUAACCUGGAUCAGGCUAAACUCAUUUACGACGAGCAAUUCGGACCUGGAAAUGAUUACUCUAUAGCAGCAGAUGCAUUUAGAAAAAUACUGCCCACUUUAACGAAAUUUUUCAUGGGAAGGAUUGAUGCGAAACUGUUGGAGGAUCUAAUGCGGGUGAAGUGUCCGGACCCUGUGAAAUUCGGGAGAGAUGCGGAAAAUCCGGAACCUUGGCGAAUCAUAUGUCACGGGGACUGCUGGAGCAACAAUAUGCUUUUUAAAUACGACCAAGCGACAGGAAAACCGCUCGAAGUCGUCCUCGUUGACCUUCAAAUGCCACAAGAGAGCUGCGUUAUCAAUGACCUCCAGUACGUCAUCUUUGCCUGCACCCGACUAAAGUUGAGACAGUUGCAUCUCGACGAACUCCUCCAACUUUACCACGACACAUUUAACGGCGUUUGUGCCCUCACAAAGACACCAACGCUACCAGGAUUUUGCAUGGAUUCACUCCGAUUUCGGUUUCAUCGAUCAAAGUUUUUAGGCUACUUUAUGGCCAUCAUGGUCCUCCCAAUAAUGCUGAAAGAGGAAGAAAAUGCCGUCAACUUGGAGGAGCUUCCAGAAGGAGAAGAUUUCACAGAGAUUUUUGCAAAUCUAAGUACGGAUAUGGGUGGAAAUACUAUUUUUAAGGAGAGGCUUAUCGAAGUGACAAAGGGCAUGAUUGAUGAAGGCAUAUUAUACUUAUCGUGCGUGCGUGGCUACGUUCCUGUCAAAAAAGUCUCGUACCGACAAAAAAUAAUUUCCACCACCACAACCUGGAACUGUCAAGAUCUGUCAAAGAACUGUCAAGAACUGCAACUGUCAAAAAAUGGUCCUAGUUGAUGAGAAGACGACGACGACGACGAUGCAACUCGGAAGACA